AUUUAGCAACAACUGGUGCUCUAAUAUUUGCAGAAAGAUAUGAAGGAGAAGCUAAUCAAUACGAUGUAAAUUCAAUGUAUAUAUUUGAAAUGAUAAAAAAAGAUGCAUCAUGGCCAAUUGCACCAGCAACAAUAGAAGGAAAUCCUCCAAAGAAAAGUCUUCAAUGUACGAGAUAUUUACAUUAUAAUCCACAUGGAAUUUACACACAUUAUGAUUUAGAAUGUGCGCGAAAAAAUGGAUUGAAAGUAACAUUAAUGAAUAUAUCACCAAAUGCGCUUAUUUAUGAAAGAAAUGUACGUAUAACAGGAAAAGACAUGUUUGGUGAAUGGGGUAAUAUAUUAUACAAAAUUAAAAAAGAAGGUGGAAUAGAAGGAAAAGUUAGUAAAGCAUUAUUAGUUUCAUUAUGGGGUGCAUUAUGUGAGCAAAGAAAUGGACAAAAUUAUGGUUUACAUCCACGAAUAAAACCAUUCUUAUUAGCAUCUGCACGAAAAAGAAUAUCAGAAAUUGUGAAGCCACUAGGAGAUCAAGUAAAACGUAUACAUACAGAUGGCUUUAUUAUAGCUGGAAAAGUAGAACUUAAAACAGGAAUAGAAAUGGGUGAGCUGAAAUUUGAGAAAAAUGGAGUUUGUGUAGUAAAAAAUUGUAUAUCAAUUACAUGGAAACUGUCAUAUCCAGAAAUUCCAAAUUUGAUUAUUUUCAAAGAAAAUGAGCUUCAUUCUACAAAUAGUUUACCAGAUUUUGAGAAAAUACAACAAGAUAAAAAGCAGAAUACAAUAUUAGAUACAGAGUAUCCUGCUUCACAGACAGCAAAAAGGAAACUAUCAAAAAAGUCUGAUAUAAAUCUUCCGAAUGAAAUUAUAAUAGAAAUAUUUCAACAUUUAUGA